GGAAUAGGUGGUCACCAACUCUAUUUUACAAAUGAAGAAACAGGUGUCAAAGAGAUUAAGCAAUUGUCCAAGGGCUGCAGGGCUGGGAGCUGGGAGUCAGGCAGAGCCCAGUCACAACCUCAGGGAUAGGUAGGCUAUGAGACCCACUUUCCAGGUGAGGAAACGGGCCAAGAAAAGGUAAGAGUUGCCUGAGGUUGGUCAGUAAGUGGCUUCUUCGAACCUAAGCCCACCUUUCAAUGAGGCCUUUUGCUUGUCAGACCUUCUCUGGGGGAACCUCCCUAUCCCCAUGCUGGUUCUGUGCCGGAAGCAGGAGGGGAGAGGGUGCAGGGUGUGGGUCCCCAUGAAUAAUUGAGGGACUCAGGCAGGUCAGCGCCCCGCAGCUGUUCCACCUGCAGUAGGAGGGCAUGGUGGUGACAUCACUUUCUCCCUGGGGGGAGGGGGUAAUGGGUUAUAAGGAGCUGCCACCCUAGCGCCGAGGACCCUGAUUGGGAAGCACCACCAUGCAGUGCCAUGGAAGGCCCUCCGUGCUGCUGUUGCUGCCACUGUCCCUGCUGCUGGGGGCGUCCACUGCUGCUCCUCUGGCAUCAAGAUCCUCCAAGGAGGAGCUGACCCGCUGUCUGGCAGAGGUGGUCACAGAAGUGCUGACUCUGGGUCAGGCCCAGCGAGGCCCCUGCAUGGCUCUCCUGCACAAAGAGAUGUGUGAGACAGAGCCCUACAGCUGUGUGUCCACUGAGGAGAAAGGCUUGCUGGUUAGCGAUUUCAAGAAGCGGGAGGCUGGGAAGAUGAGGUCCAGCCAGGAAAUGAGGGAUGAGGAAGAGGAGGCAGCAGAGAGGACCCACAAGUCUGAGGUGCGGGAACAGGCCAUGCAUGAGCAUCUCCACAGCCGGCUCCGCCAGGAAGAGGACCAUGAGGAGGCACAGAAGAAGGAGGAGGAGGAGGAAGAGGAAGAGGAGGAGGAGGAGAAGGAGGAGGAAAAGAAAAAAAGGGGGCCCAUGGAGACCUUCGAAGGCCUGUGGAAGCGGUGGCAAGAGGAUGGAGGGGACCCCCAGAAGCAGGUGGCAGAGCAGGCCAGUGACGAGGAGCUGGCCCAGUUCAAGGCCAAGGAGAAGGGCAUGCAUGUGCUGGGUGGGGGCAGCAGCCUGUGGCAGGGGGCCAAGGGCAGGGGAAGAGAGAGGCACAAGGACUCGCUGUACCACCACCGCCGCCAGCCAGAAACUGAGUCCAAGCAGGAGGAGAAGGAAGAGGCUUUGGAGAGGGAGGAGCAGGAUGUGGAGCAGCUGGAGCACGUGAGAGAGGAGCUGAAGAAGGCAGCGGAGAUGCUGGGGGAGGAGCUCCGGAGGGAGGGCUGACUCGACCUCAUGUCCUCCUUCUUCCUGGCACACCCUAUGGCUUAGGACUGGUGACCCCAAAACCCCCACCUCAACUGGCGCCCCUGCCUCUCCCCAACCUGCAGGAAUGGGAGAAGGGUGUGCCUUGGAACCAGGCCUGAGGGGCCAAGUCUUCCCUGAAUAAGGGGAUGGGUUUAGACUGACUCAAAAAACACUCUGCCACCCACAAAACCCACUCCAACCCUUCUGAGUGAAUAAAGCACAAAGAAAACCA